GGUCACCUGGAGGAGCACGUUCCUCCCUCCUCUAUGGGCAACUGCAUCCUGUCCUCCCUGGCCGGCCCGCCCCCAGCCAGGCCCCACAGCCAAUCAGCUUCACCGCAGCGCCUCGGGGACCACGGCCCAUUCGCCGACGGAGCGGCCGAGGUCGUCAUGGUGACGGACUACGCCGAGGUGGAGCUCGGCACCACUGGCCACCCGCCGGAAGAGUGCGUGGAGGAGGUCGUCACGGAGACGGAGGUCGUCACGGAGACGGAGGUCGUCACGGAGACGGAGGAGGAGGAGGAGGGGGCUCCGACGGAGGAAGACCCCGCCUUCCCCGACGAGAUGAAACAGGAACAGGAAGAGGAGGCGGCGGCGUCCCCGGCCCGCCCCCACGUCUGCCCCGACUGCCCGAAGCGGUUCCGCUUCGCCUCGUCGCUCACCGCCCACCGGGUGGUGCACACCCGGGAGCGCCCCCACCGCUGCCCCGCCUGCGGCCGCUGCUUCUCCUUCCGCCAGUCGCUGGACCGCCACAGACACACACACGAGACGGCCCCCGGGACGGCCACGCCCCAAAGCGAACACGAGACGGCCCCCGGGACGGCCACGCCCCAAAGCGAACACGAGACGGCCCCCGGGACGGCCACGCCCCAAAGCGAACACGAGACGGCCCCCGGGACGGCCACGCCCCAAAGCGAACACGAGACGGUCUCAGACGGCGCCUGGCAGCGGCGGCCGGGACGCGCGCCCGCUCCACGACAGGAAGUUGAGCUCUCGGAGCACUCGUACGGUUCCACUGAGGGCCUCCCGGGUUCCGUGGCGGCCGAGGGUGAAGGUGAGUCACAACGGUGCGGAGGGCGGCUCCUCUCAGGUCCUCCUCUUCCCGGCGUUCCCGGUUGUCAGGACGACGCGGACGACGGCCCCGCCGCCGACCUGCGGGAUGGCCGCUUUGGCUGCCCCGACUGCGCCAAGAGCUUCCGCUUCCGCUCGCUGCUGGCGUCGCACCGCCGCGUCCACACGGGCGAGCAGCCCUUCCUCUGCCCGGCGUGCGGCCGCCGCUUCUCCUUCAAGCAGUCGCUGGAGCGCCACCGCCGCACGCACGGACCCGGGCCGCCCGCCUCCCCCGCCGAGCUGCGGGACCCCGGGGGGGGGCGCCCGGACGCCGGGGGCGGGGCCUUCCUCUGCUCCCGCUGCGGGCGCUCCUUCAGCGCCAAGUCGGCGCUGCUCCGGCACGCCAGGACGCACGGCGAGGAGACGCCGACGGGGCCCUCCGGCGUGGCCCCGCCCCCCGGGGAGCAGCAGGAGGCGCUCCACACCUGCGACUGCGGCAAGUCGUUCCCGUACCGCGCGGCGCUCACGGCCCACCAGCGCGUGCACCGCGAGGAGCGGCCGCACGCCUGCGCCCACUGCCCCAAGCGCUUCCUGUACCGCGGCGGGCUGACGAGCCACGCCAAGACGCACUGCGACGACAAGCCCUUCGCCUGCUCCUUCUGCGGCAAGAGCUUCAAGCGCGAGCGCAACAUGAAGAAGCACGAGCGCUGCCACACGCGGGACGGCGUGUUCCGCUGCUCGCAGUGCGACAAGAGCUUCGUGUACAAGGCCACGCUGACGCGCCACGAGCUGACGCACUCGGGCGAGCGCCCCUUCCUCUGCUGCGACUGCGGCAAGGGCUUCUACUCGCACGCCGAGUUGCUGAAACACGAGCGCUUCCACACGGGCCACAAGCCCUUCCAGUGCCCCUUCUGCGGCAAGCGCUUCACGCAGUCCUGCUACCUGACCAUCCACGUGCGCUACCACACGGGGGCGCGGCCGUACGCGUGCCCCGACUGCGACAAGAGCUUCAUGAGCGCCAACCGGCUGAAGAGGCACCAGCGCACGCACACCGGAGAGAAGCCCUACCUGUGCCCCGAGUGUGGACGGGGCUUCAGGCAGUCCUACCACCUCAAGGUGCACCUGGGGACGCACGCCUACGCCUAGGACACGCCCCCUCCCCUGAGGACCCAUGUCUAGGGUACACCCCCGCCAGCACCCCUAGGGUUCACCGCCUACACCUAGGCCACGCCCCCCACUCGCAACCGUGGGGGUCAGAGGUCAUCAAGCUAACACUGAAGAAUGAGUUUCUAUCAAACAUGAUUCACUACGUCUGUCGAGAUUCAAAUCGUCUUCAUUCUCCUGGUACGGGUUGUGUAGAAGCGUUAAAGUGAAAGCGAAAAUGCUCUAAAAAGCAGGGCCCAAGUGUGUUAAUAAUAAAUCAUGUUUGAUAAGAAAUGCUUUUAUUAAGUUUGACAACAAAAAAUAUGAAAUUACAAUUUAGGAACAGAGGUACUCCAACAUCGGGUAUGAAAAAUGUUAAUCCCCUCACCUUGCAGUCAAGUGUGUUUGCACUCAAACAGAAAUACCAAAUCUAUUUUUCUACAAACUCGUUUUCUGGGUCCCUAAAGCGAUGAACGUGACAUACAGUAAGUAGCACCAGGAAGUCACAGGACAACACAUCUAAAGAGAAACCAAACUCUAAACCUCAGACCCCA